CACAAGCUUAACGCUUAUAACUAUAUCCAAUUAAAUUAAUCAAUCACAUCACAAAAACAAUGUCUUCCGAUCUCUCCAUCAUCCUCCCCCGCGUUCUAAUCGUUUCUAGAAGAACCCUUCGCAAGAACAAGUUCGUUGAUUUCGUCGGAGAAUAUCACCUUGAUCUUAUAGUAAGCUAUGGUGCGGUACCUGUAAUAGUUCCUAGAGUUUCCGGUGUCCACAUGUUGCUAAGUAGCUUCGAGCCUAUUCAUGGCGUCCUUCUAUGCGAAGGCGAAGACAUAGAUCCGUCAUGGUACGAAGAAGGAGAUAACAAUGGCACUCUCUCGCAGGACGAAUUAGACGAAAUUAGAAGGGUCCAUGCAAGUGACACAGCCAUAGACAAAGAGAAAGAUUCAAUUGAGCUAAGUCUUGCAAAGCUUUGCUUAGAAAGGAACAUUCCAUACAUGGGAAUUUGUAGAGGCUCUCAAGUUCUUAAUGUUGCAUGUGGUGGCACUCUUUACCGUGACAUAGGUAAAGAGCUUUCGAAGAAGUGCCCUGAGAGCCAGAGAGUUAUGCAUAUAAACUAUGAUGAUUAUGAUGGCCAUAGGCAUGUUGUUAAGGUUGUUGACAACACUCCUUUGCAUUCUUGGUUUAAGGAUUCCUUGGACGAAGCCAAAAUGGAGAUUUCUGUAAAUAGUUAUCACCAUCAGGGGGUUAAACGACUGGCGCAACGUUUCGUGCCAAUGGCUUUCGCCCCUGAUGGUUUGAUCGAGGGGUUUUACGACCCUGAUGUUUAUAAUCCCGAAGAGGGUAAGUUUAUUAUGGGGUUACAAUUUCAUCCGGAGAGAAUGAGGAAGUCGAAUUCGGACGAAUUUGAUUACCCCGGAUGCCCAUUUGCUUAUAAGGAAUUUGUGAAGGCAGUGAUUGCUUAUCAAAAGAAGAUGAAUAAUUUAACAUGUGUGCCAAAGUCUCCAAAGCUUAACAAGGAAAUGGAGGUUAAAAGGAAGAUCAUAGUGCGGAGUUUUUCACUUGCAAGGAAUUUAUACACUUCUGGCCAUGGGAAAAGGGGUUCUUCCAAAGACUCUGAACUUGAAGCUGGAGCAGAAUUUCUUGAGUCAAACACAGCAUUGAGUGUGCAACAAGAGAAUAGGUUAAAGCAAAUGGGUGCAACAGUUAGAAAUGCAGGAUCAUAUGUUGAGAGGCUGAAGCUAAAUGAAGAAAGAGAAAAAAUGGCAAGAAAUGUAAUGGGAAAAAUGCCAGUGGAACAGUUGUCUGAUCUCUUGUCUUUCUACCACACAAUGGCUCAGAUUUGUUCUCAAGUCUUGGAAACAAAGAUUCAUGACCUUGUUGUCAAUAAUAAUUAGUUCUUGAUUUUUUUGGAAUAUAAAUUAUUAUUUGUUGUUCUGUGUACAAAAUUAAAUUAAAUGGGGUUGCUCUAA